UCAUUAUCAACUCAUAUAGUAAAUAUUUUUUUUAUACAUGUGGGCUUGGACAGAUUGAGAUAAGCAGAUAUCUUAACAUAAUGGGCUUAAAAAGCCACUAAACAUUUGGGCUCUCUUAACUUUACAGUCCAGCUGCUCAUCAACCCAAAAAGCGACCCAUACGGCUACGGACACUUCCGCCGCCCCAAAUGACACGGCGGAGCAGCUCUCUCUGGUUUUCCGCAGACGGCGAACUUCCGUCCACUAGCAAAAUAGUAAAAAAGAAAUCUCAUCUCCUGAAAACUAAAUAGUAAUACCUUUUAUCUUCUUCUUCUUCACAGUCUCGCCAUUUUCAUACCAUUCCUUCGCGCUUCCAAUGGCGGCUUUUACUCUCUCGUCUUCGCUCACUCCCAAAACCCUAACCCCUUCCCUGUCUCACCCCAAACCGUCAUUGCCGCCUUCCUCCUCCCUUUCCGUACCUCAAUCAUGGAGCUGCCGGAAUUGGAGCUCCGUCCGCUCGCAGCCGCGGCAUUCAUUUGCUCGCGCCGCCCUGGACUCCGAUUAUUCGUCGCGGAGGAGCAGCGGCGGCAGCGAGCAGAGGGAGACGAUAAUGUUGCCCGGUUGUGACUACAACCACUGGCUGAUUGUGAUGGAGUUCCCCAAAGAUCCGGCGCCGAGUAGAGACUAGAGAGCAGAUGAUCGAUACUUAUCUCAAUACUCUCGCUACCGUCCUUGGCAGCAUGGAAGAGGCAAAGAAGAAUAUGUAUGCUUUCAGUACGACGACCUACACCGGGUUUCAGUGCACGGUGGAUGAAGCUACCUCCGAGAAAUUCAAGGGCUUGCCAGGAGUGCUGUGGGUGCUGCCUGACUCCUAUAUAGAUGUUAAGAACAAAGACUAUGGAGGGGACAAGUAUGUGAAUGGGGAGAUCAUACCGUGCACUUACCCUACUUAUCAACCGAAGCAGCGAAAGAGUUCCAAAUACGAGAGUAAAAGGUACGAGAGACGAAGAGACGGUCCGCCUGCUAAUCAAAAAAGACCAUCACAACCACAGGCUGCAAGCUCGCCUGAGUCAUCCCCCUCUGCAUAAUUCUAGCAUAGACUGUACGUACCUUAUUACCCUUGUGCUGUUCAUCAUUGUUAGUUACUGCACUUGGGCUGUUCAUCAUUUUUCAUGCCAAAUUUUCUAUUGGUUUGUCAAUUUCCUCUGCUUCCUUGCGUAGAUGGUUAGUAGCUUGAAUCGAAAGAGUGGAGUUAAUAUAUAUCGACAUGGCUCUUUGUUGCAGGUCAUCCUUGAGCUUUUCAAUGGUGUUCUCUUCUGUGAUUGAUGUUCCUUGUCGUGGAGCAAAUUGUGAUUUUGGGUUCAUUCCUCCAGAGCAGAUCUCGUGGAGCAAAUUGUGAUUUUGAGCUGGGACUUCCCUCCAGAGCAGAUCUUGUAUGCAUUGUAGGAUCAGAUAGGUAAGUUCUGAGUCUAUUGUUUGAUCUGUUUCCAUGUCCAGAGAUUUACGGCCGGUGGCCAAAGAAGUUGAGCAAAUCAAAUCUUCAUUUGGAUCGCCUUCGGACAUACUGAAUAUAAUUCAAUUUGCUUCUCAAGUUCAAGACCCUUCUAUGGUCUUUAUUUUCCCAUUUCUGUUGAUAAUGAUAUUAGCUCUAUGUUGAUUCGAUUCAAUCUGAUUUCGGACCAGAUUGGACCAGGUUCAACAUUGAUCGUCUUUGCUUUGCAUAACAUGGUUUCUCUCUCAACCAUGUUGCCUCCCGGUUACACUCUAGAGCCAAG